AUGGGCCAUUAUCCAAACGUCCAACAUCGGACUUUGACUGCCAUCGAGGUCCUACUUCCUCAACGAAGAAUUGGCACCAAGGAAGGCGAAUCCACUUCGGUGGGAUUUUCCCUAGCUCAAUAUUUGGGCCGUCCUGUAACGGCACUGGGGCGAAUUGUUAAUGGAACAUAUCGGCGUGGGAUGCAAACCACGUAUGAUAUCACUGGCGCCGAGAAGGCUUUGGUGGCGAGUACUGGCUACAUCAUGUCGCCCAGGCGCUUUGAAGAAUGUUUUGGACUAGAUAUUGGCGAAAGCUUCGAGGGCCGAACAAACAAAUAUCCGAGUGCCCCCUACAGUUAG